UUUUCUGGUGAACUUUGAUCAACUUUUUUGAUCAACAUUCCACACACAGUUUUGCUUUCUGUGCUGAUAAAGAGCCAAUACAUAAUUGAAAUGAAGGAGUUUGUAUUUUACUAUGAUGUUAUAUGUCCGUACGCAUACCUGGCGUCAAGACUUAUCGAAGGGCUUGCAGAAAAUGUUGGUGCGAAAAUAAGAUGGAGACCCGUUCUUUUAGGUGGAAUUUACAAGGCAACAAAGCAGAAAGAGCAGCAGGCUACAAAAGCAUAUGAAACUAUGAAUCCAGCAAAGCGUCUUGUUCUUGGCAAAGAUCUAAUGAGGCUUUACAGAAGGCAUAAUGUCCCAGCUAUGCCCUUCAAAAGUAUGCCAGAUCUGAGUACAUUAAAACCAAUGAGAUUACUUGCUGCAUGUGAGGAUGAAAAUGGUGAAAAAAGAAAGAAUCUUACCCAUCGGCUUUACCAUGCUCUCUGGGCUGAGAAGAAAGAUAUCUCUGAUGAAAGCAUCCUUCAGUCAGAAGUAGCAAAACUAGAUUGGGAUGUAGAUGUUGCAGCUGUUGUAAAUGGAGUUGAUCCUUCUGGAAAAGAAAUUCUAUUUGAAAAUACAAACGAGGCAGUCAAAAGAGGAGCGUUUGGUGUUCCAAGUUUCUGGGUAAAUAACCGCCUUUACUUUGGAUGUGAUCGUCUGCAUUUCUUGGAAAAGGAACUAGGCAAGAUUGAUGCAUCUCCUUAUCGACUUGUCAGUUCACCCCAACAACCAUUGACUAAACGAAAGCUCAGAAUUUUCCACGAUUUUGCAAGUCCAUGGUGCUUUAUUGCGCAGAGACGUAUUUCUUCGCUUUUAGAAAGCGUCUCCCCAAUGCAAGUAGAAGUUGAAUGGGUUCCAAUUUUGCUCGGGGCACUUUUCAAUGCCAUUGGAUCACCGCAAGUUCCUAUGUCAAGGGAAGGAGAAGCAAAAAUCAAGUAUGUGAUGGACGACUUCGGCGAAUGGUGCAAGUACCUAUCUAUCAAUAACUUCAAAUUCCCAAGCGGAUUUCCGCAUAAGUCCCUAAUGGCCUUGCGGAUGACCAUUGCAAACUCCAAAGACGAACUAAGGACGGCUGUUUAUGAAUCUGCAUGGACAAAAGACCUGGAUAUUGGUAACAGUGAGGUACUAGCUGAAGUUGUGAAAUCUGCAGGAUGUGAUCCAGAGGAACUUUUCAGUGCAGCACGGUCUCAAGAAAUCAAGGAUAAGCUUAGAGAAAAUACGGAAAGGGCAAUAUCUCUUGGUUUGUGCGGUGUUCCUUCUUUUCAAGUCGACGACCAGCCAGUUAUUUGGGGACAAGAUCGCCUCAAUAUCAUUGCUGACGAGCUUUGUGGAUGGCAAGAUGAUACUGAUCAGAUUGUAAGCCGUUUGUGAUCAAAUUGACUUUGUUGAGCUUGACUGCAGCAUGGUUUUCAAACGAGCUUCCUACUAAAGAGCAUUUUUUUGCAAUACCUCUUUUCCUUUUAAGAUGCCCAUUUCCUGGUAGUGCCCUCACCUUGACAAGAAAUUGACUGUAACACAUUUGUCUAUUAUUUCAAUAUGCGAUGAAUUAAAGGUAUAGUUAAACUGAGACUUUUUUGGCAAGGUAUGCUUGUCCCAAUCAGUAAUUUGGAAAACCCUGUACAUAAGUUGCCGGUAGUCAUAAAGAGGUCAAGGAGUAGGACGGAAUAAUUUUCUGCAUUUUUGCACUAAAUGAACCUGGUAGCCCGUACUACUUUCAAAGUAAUUCUUCACCGUGGAGAACCAGUGACAUGUGCCUUUUCGUAGAGUGACAUCUCUAGAACUAUUGGAAGGUUACCCUUUUUCUGAGACACGUUCUCCUUUUAUCUCAGUCCCCCUCCAAAACCCUGCAGCUCAAUUGAUCUAUGCACCUGUGAAAAGAUAAUCUCAAUAUCAUACGACAACCCUUUAAUUUCUCCAGCAUCAUAUCUUAGCUUAAAUUUAUUUAGGCAUUUAGGCAAAAGUGAUGUUUGCACAAGCCCAAUCAUUAUGAAGAUCUGACAAAUUUAGAUGCUUUUUCUAAGAUGCUAGCUCCAGGCAAAGUAGGAGAGCAAAAGUUAUUAUUUGAGCUACGUUUGUCUUUGCUUAAAACUGACUAGAAUUUGUCUUGUUUUCGAUCGCAAUCGGUUAUUUUAGAUUUGAAUUUUUAAUUCUGAAAUUUGUAAUUUUUUAUGAAUUAAAUUUAGCAUUUAAGUUUGACCAUCAUAUGAAGAAGUAAAGAAAAAUAAAAUUCAAGAAGUUUUUCAGUGCUAGAUAUUUUAUUAUUCUAUGUGAAUUGUAUGUAAAGCAUGGCAAAAGAGUUUUAUGCAUUAAAACUUUUGUUAAUUUGUAUCUCUCUCCGAAUCACCGGGAAUAGAAUGAAUUUUUUGCCAAAGUUGCCUUUCACUGAAAACUCUGCUAUUUUCCACGAGAUAUUUGAUUUCUCUAAUGAGUUGAAGAGAAUACCUCAUAGGGUUUCUCAAGUCUCUUCUUUAAACGUUCCCGUCACGAAACUGUCCGGACAGUUUCGAAUUCAGAUGCGAAUGCAUUUUUCAAAGACAGCGUUUUCUAAAACCUUUUUAAUAAAUUUCCUCAAAACUUUUUCUUGCUCUGGCCUUUUGAAGAUCUACAUACGUAUUCGUCAAAAGAUCGAAUUGAUCGAUAUGUAAGCAAAUGUUGUAAGGGGUUUUUGUCAAGAUGGUGGCGAACGAAAAGAAAGUAGUGGCUUGCUAGCAGCGGCUAGAAGUAAUGUUCUAUUACAGUGAUAACGAAAUAUAUCAUGAAAUUUCUAAUACCACAGGAUGUUCAGAGAGACUGCUGCUUCUGGUAUAGUAUGCAAAAAAGUGAAGCAUAAGCAGGGACGCCGGAAUGUAUUCCCAGCUUCUACCAGUUCUUUUGUAACUGUCAUUCUAUUUCAAUUUUCUG